GCCGCCGCCGCCGCCAUGCUGCCCGCCGCACUGCUCCGCCGCCCCGGCCUGGGCCGCCUUGUGCGCCAGGCUCGCGCUUACGCCGAGGCCGCCGCCGCCCCGGCCCCCGCUGCCGGCCCCGGCCAGAUGUCCUUCACCUUCGCCUCCCCCACGCAGGUGUUCUUCAACAAUGCCAACGUCCGGCAGGUGGAUGUGCCCACGCUGACUGGAGCCUUUGGCAUCCUGGCAGCCCAUGUGCCUACUCUGCAGGUCCUCCGUCCCGGGAUGGUCGUGGUGCACGCAGAGGAUGGCACCACCUCCAAGUACUUUGUGAGCAGUGGCUCUGUCACGGUGAAUGCCGACUCCUCAGUGCAGUUACUGGCCGAAGAGGCAGUGACGCUGGACAUGCUGGACCUUGGGGCAGCCAAGGCGAACUUGGAGAAGGCGCAGGCGGAGCUGUCGGGGGCAGCGGACGAGGCAGCAAGGGCAGAGAUCCAGAUCCGCAUCGAGGCCAAUGAGGCCCUGGUGAAGGCCCUGGAGUAGGUUGUCGAGCCUGCCGCUGGGACCUCUGUGCUCCGGAGCCACCUCCACAGGCAACCUGCUUUCAACCCACGCCCUCAUUAAAGACCAAGAAGCCUGA